AUGCUCAAAAAAUUCCUUCCCGCUCUCAUGCACAACAAGAGAAAUAAUUUUCAAAGCCUUCCUUCUCUAUUAUCAAUAGUACAAAAAGCUUGUUAUUCAACUAGUGAUGUGUCGGAUCAACAUGUACCAACUGCCUCUGGUAAUUCAUCAGGUUAUGUGAAGAAUCCAAUUACUGGUGAAGAAAUUGAAGGAUUAAUUUAUGUUCCGAAUUAUCUUUCCCAUGAUGAGGGAAGUAAAUUAUUAAGUACUCUCGAUAAUCAUUCGUGGUAUGAUUCACUACUUUCCCGAAGAAUUCAAUGCUAUGGAAUUCACUACUAUUUUACUAAAUUAUUUCAUCCAGGCUUGCAACCAAUGAGAAAAUCACCACUCUUGCUUGAUGAAUUGUCGUUUGUUUCAAAGCCUGUUGAAAGGGAUUUCGGAAUUAACUUUAUGAAAGAUGAGGAAAUUAAAGGGUUGGAUGAGUAUUAUGAAAAUUCAAAUGAUCCUUCCUCUUUUGAAUGGGAAGCACCAUCUCUAGAACAAGUCAUAGAUGAUAGAAUUAAUCAAUGUUUAGUUCAGGAAUAUUAUGAGCAGUCAAUUGCCAAACAUGUAGAUAAUGUAAAGGUAUUUGGAAAGGAAAUAGUUUGUCUUUCAUUGGUGAACGAAUGCCAAAUGGAUUUUGAGAGUGCAAACAAUCCAGAUAUGAAAUUUAAAUUAACAUUGGAACCAAACUCUUUAUUGAUUAUGUCUAAGGAAGGAAGAUAUGACUGGAAACAUGGAAUUAAAAGAAAAAAGAGGUUUCCAAGAAGAAUUUCCCUAACCUUUAGACAUUUACUUUAUUAUCCAGCACUAAACCAACAAUCAACUACGGGCUUGAAUCUACAGUAG